AUGGACAAGAAGAUGAAGAAACCAGAAGGCCCCGCGCGUCCCUGCACCGCGGCCGGGCCGCCGGGGGGCGCCGAGCCGCGCGCUCCGCUCUCCACCCGGGGCCUGCUGGAGCCCAGGGUCCCUGAGGCCCCAGCCGACUGCCAGCGGGCCCUCCAGCUCCACACGCUCGUCUUACUGCAGAUCGGCUGCCUCGGGCAUCAGGAUGGAGAAGUGCAGGCUGAGGAUGCACGUUCGGAGGACAUCUCAUUACAGGUGAUCGAGCCCUCCACAGGGAAGUGCGCGGGCAGCGGAGCAGGGCGGCCCACGCGGGCGGCGGCGGGUCAGCACUGCGCAUGCUCGCUGCGCCGGCGCAGGUUUCCGCGGCAGGGGUGCAUCUGCGCUGCGGCGUCCGGGGUCUCCAGCAGGGUCGAGGCUCCGGUGCGCGCACAGUCCUCGGCUUCGGCGGGCCCCAGGCGUCCCUGCGCUCCGCGAGUCCCCGGCCGCCGCCCCAGCGCGCCGCGAUCUGGCCCUCUGCCCUGCGAAAAUGGCUGCCGUACGCCGGGCCCGCAGUUACUGCCGCUGCCUGGUGCGCUUCUCCGACCGAGAACUCUGCUAAGUCCCGCUGCACCAGACGGCAGGAGUAGACCGGACUCCCGGGGCACCUCCUCGCGGGGGCGGUGCCGAGGGGGCGCCGAGAGCCCCUCGGCCGCGGCCGGCUGGCCAGCCAGCAUGGCAGAAGCUGAGGAAGAUUGUCAUUCCGACGCUGUCAGGGCAGGAGAUGAUGGUGAGAACGAACGCCCUGCUGAGACAGAUUUGCAGGCACAACUCCAGAGGUUCCGAGCUCAGUGGAUGUUUGAACUUGCCCCAGGUGGAGGCUCGAGCAGUUUAGAAUCUCGACCUUGGAGAGCAACGAGAGGCUCUUCACUGAGAGCAGCGGACACCAGAGGAAAGCAGGAGCUGGCAAAAGAAGAAAAGUUAAGUGCUCGAGAACUCUUCCUGAAAGCAGUAGAAGAAGAACAAAACGGAGCUCUCUAUGAAGCCAUCAAGUUUUAUCGUAGGGCUAUGCAACUUGUACCUGAUAUAGAGUUCAAGAUUACUUAUACCCGGUCUCCAGAUGGUGAUGGCGUUGGAAACAGCUACAUCGAAGAUACUGAUGAUGACAGCAAGAUGGCAGACCUCCUGUCCUACUUCCAGCAGCAGCUCACGUUUCAGGAGUCUGUGCUCAAACUGUGUCAGCCCGAACUUGAGAGCAGUCAGACUCACAUAUCAGCGCUGCCGAUGGAGGUCCUGAUGUACAUCUUCCGAUGGGUGGUGUCGAGCGACCUGGACCUCAGAUCGUUAGAGCAGUUGUCACAGGUGUGCAGAGGAUUCUAUAUCUGUGCCAGAGACCCUGAAAUAUGGCGUUUGGCCUGCUUGAAAGUUUGGGGCAGAAGCUGUAUUAAACUUGUUGCAUAUACAUCCUGGAGAGAGAUGUUUUUAGAAAGGCCGCGUGUUCGGUUUGAUGGAGUGUAUAUCAGUAAAACCACGUAUAUUCGUCAAGGGGAACAGUCUCUUGAUGGUUUCUAUAGAGCCUGGCACCAAGUGGAAUAUUACAGGUACAUAAGGUUCUUCCCAGAUGGCCACGUGAUGAUGCUGACCACACCUGAGGAGCCCCAGUCCAUUGUUCCGCGUUUAAGAACCAGGAAUACCAGAACUGAUGCAAUUCUACUGGGUCAUUAUCGCUUGUCACAAGAUAUAGACAAUCAGACGAAAGUAUUUGCUGUGAUAACUAAGAAGAAAGAAGAAAAACCACUUGACUAUAAAUACAGAUAUUUUCGCCGUGUCCCUGUACAAGAAGCCGAUCAGAAUUUUCACGUGGGGCUUCAGCUGUGUUCCAGUGGCCACCAGAGGUUCAACAAACUCAUCUGGAUACAUCAUUCUUGUCAUAUUACUUACAAAUCAACUGGAGAGACUGCGGUCACAGCUUUCGAGAUCGACAAGAUGUACACGCCCCUGCUGUUUGCCAGGGUGAGAAGCUACACUGCCUUCUCCGAGAGGCCCCUGUAG